CACACACGUCUAGUCUGUCUGAUUAGUGCAAAAGCGAAGAUGCCUCUCAGACUUGAUAUUAAGCGCAAGCUCUCUGCACGGUCCGACCGUGUGAAGUGUGUGGACCUCCACCCUACUGAACCAUGGAUGUUAGCUAGCUUGUACAACGGCAACGUUCACAUCUGGAACCAUGAUUCACAGACACUUGUGAAGUCCUUUGAAGUAUGUGAUCUUCCAGUGAGAGCUGCCAGAUUUGUGACUCGGAAGAACUGGGUGGUUGCUGGCUCGGAUGAUAUGCAGAUUCGAGUGUUCAACUACAACACAUUGGAGCGAGUACAUAACUUUGAAGCUCACUCCGAUUACAUCCGAGCUAUCUGUGUCCAUCCAACACAGCCCUACAUACUCACCAGCAGUGAUGACAUGUUGAUAAAGCUAUGGGACUGGGAUAAGAAGUGGUCCUGUGCGCAGAUCUUUGAAGGUCACACACAUUACGUCAUGCAGAUCAUCAUCAACCCUAAAGACAAUAAUACGUUUGCGAGCGCCUCGCUGGAUCGAACAGUCAAGGUAUGGCAGCUUGGGUCCAGCACUCCCAACUUCACCCUGGAGGGACACGAGAAGGGAGUGAACUGCGUCGACUACUACUGCGGAGGAGACAAGCCGUACCUAGUGUCUGGAGCUGAUGAUAGAUUCGUUAAGAUCUGGGACUACCAGAAUAAAACCUGCGUUCAGACACUGGAAGGACAUGCACAGAAUAUCUCAUGUGUGAGUUACCACCCUGAGCUGCCUAUCAUUAUGACUGGAUCAGAAGACGGGACAGUACGUGUUUGGCAUGCUAACACCUAUCGCCUAGAGACGACGCUUAACUAUGGACUGGAACGUGUGUGGGCCAUCGCUAACAUGAAGGGGAGUAACAGUAUAGCUCUGGGCUACGAUGAAGGAAGCAUCAUCAUUAAGCUUGGGAGAGAAGAGCCUGCCAUGUCCAUGGAUGCCAGUGGGAAGAUCAUGUGGGCCAAACACGCUGAGAUACAGCAGGCUAAUCUCAAGAGCAUGGGAGAUCUAGAAACGAAAGACGGUGAGCGAUUGCCUCUUGCCAUAAAGGACAUGGGAAGUUGUGAUGUAUACCCACAAACAGUCAGCCACAACCCUAACGGAAGAUUUGUCGUCGUGUGCGGUGAUGGAGAGUACAUUAUCUACACAGCCAUGGCACUCCGUAAUAAAAGCUUUGGAUCCGCCCUGGAGUUUGUGUGGUCACACGAUUCGUCGGAGUAUGCAACGCGUGAAAGCAACACUCUCGUCAAAACCUACAAAAACUUCAAAGAAAAGAAAACGUUCAAGCCAGACUUUGGCGCUGAAGGUAUAUACGGAGGUCACCUCCUCGGUGUCCGCUCCAGCAGUGGUUUAGCCUUCUAUGAUUGGGACACGACGGAACUGAUACGUAGAAUUGAAAUCAUUCCCAGACAGGUAUACUGGUCUGAGAACGGAGAGCUGGCUUGCAUCGCUACCGACGAGUCCUUCUUCAUCCUCAAAUUCAGCACAGAGGCCGUUGCUGCUGCACAAGAAACAAACGAGGGUAUCACAGAGGAUGGGAUUGAAGAAGCAUUCGAGGUUGUAGGGGAGAUCGAAGAAAUUGUCAAGACCGGUCUGUGGGUCGGCGACUGCUUCAUUUACACCAACUCACUCAAUCGUCUCAACUACUACGUUGGUGGAGAGAUUGUCACCAUCUCUCAUCUUGAUCGAGUGAUGUACCUCCUCGGCUACAUCGCCAAGGACAACCGUCUGUACCUCGGCGACAAGGAACUCAACAUCGUCAGCUACUCAAUCCUCCUCUCCGUCUUGGAGUACCAGACGGCCGUCAUGAGACGAGACUUUGAGACGGCCGAUAAGGUGCUGCCGACAGUCCCGAAGGAACAGCGGACCCGGGUAGCUCACUUCUUGGAGAAGCAGGGCUUCAAGUCCCAGGCGCUGGCCGUGUCGUGCGACCCUGAGCACAGGUUUGAGUUGGCGCUGCAGCUGGGUGAACUUAAGACGGCGUAUGAUUUAGCGCUUGAGUCUGAGGCUGAAACUAACUGGAAACAACUGGCUGAACUUGCAACUGCCAAAUGUGAGUUCAAACUGGCUCAAGAGUGUCUCCACAGAGCUCAAGACUUCGGCGGGCUGUUGCUGCUUGCCAGCUGCUCUGGGGACGGGGAGAUGGUCUCCAAGCUGGCCGACACGGCCAACGAGAAGGACAAAAACAACGUGGGAUUCUUGGCGUAUUUCAUGCAGGGAAAGAUUGAGGAGUGUCUAGCCUUACUGUGUAAGUCAGGUCGCUACCCAGAAGCUGCCUUCUUCGCCAGGACGUACAUGCCAAGCAAGAUAUCGGAAAUCGUGACAUCGUGGAAGGAAAGCCUCGGCAAAGUGAACCGGAAAGCGGCCGAGGCCCUAGCUGAUCCCACCCAGUACGAGAAUCUCUUUGUUGGGCUUAAGGAAGCCUUCAAAGGGGAGCAGUACCUCAAGACGGUUGAGAAGACGUACCUGGCCAGUGCCUACCCGGACGUACCGAGCACUUCGGAGAGGAAUGUUUUGGAAGAAAUGGAGGCAGCAUUAGAAAGUGGAGGCUUUACAGGGGACCAAGAAGUUGCAGAGGAGCCAGUUGCGGAAGACCCAGUCGAGGAUACCCCGGCCGUAGAGCAAGAGACGCCUGCUGCUCCUUCAGAACCAGAAGCAGUACAAGAAGACGAUUUAGACCUCGAUUUAGACGAUCUCAAUAUCGACGACAACGUCGGAGAUCCAGGAGACGACAUCAACCUAGAUGACGACUUCUUAGAUGAUUAAUCAAAUUGCAUACAUUCUCUUUUAGAUGUUAAGUAUCUGACACUAUUCUAUUACCGUCACGCUAUUUAUACCAUGCCUGAUUUAUGUGAGGAACUGUCAAAAUUUGAAGUUGACUUUCACCUUUGUGAUGCAAAGACUACCAAAGUCUCCCAUUUGAGAGAUUU